AUGCCGCCGCGUUGCCGGGAAACAUGGGGAUACUGCGGCGUCCGCGCGCGCACCUCCGGCAGCUUCUCUGCCAAGAUCCGGUUCCGCGGGAUGCGCCUCGUCCUCGGCAAUUUUGAAACUGCCAACGAGGCCGCCCGCGCGUACGAUGCGGUGGCGUGGCGCCUCAAGUUGCCUCAUAGAAUGUUGAACUUCCUCAAUGUGCCGACGCGGGAGCGGGCGCAGGAGCUCUUGCCUCUGCCGCGGCUUAUCACCAACGAGGAUCGUCACGACAACCGGAGGCGGGAGCACCGUCUCGGCAUCGCCGAGAUGGACGAGGAAGCCAUGGCGCUCUGGCGCCAACGCUUCCCACAGGACAUCACCAACGAGCGCGAGUUCUACGUGCAAAGGAGGGCGGAGAGGGAGAAGAGGAGGGCGGAGCGAGCCGCCUGUCGCGAGGACAAGCGUACGCGAAAAGCUGACGCUCAAUUCAACAUGAGGCUAGGAGCAGCA